GGUUGGAAUAAUUCUUUCCUAUUUCGCCAAUCAACCAUGACCUUUGGCCCCCUACCCCAUCCUACUCUAAUGUUAUUUCACGUAUAUAAUUAUUCUAUUCAAUUCACCAAAAACACACACAAAAACACCUUUCCUGGCAUAACCAAAAUCCAUUUUCAGUAGGGUUUCUUAGCAUGGUUCAUGAGAUUUCUUGUAUCACAAGCUUAAAUCUAAGCUUAGGUUGUUAUGAUAUUCCAAUAAAACAUCGUUUAGAUCCUCAAGACCAUGACCGAGAUCGCGAUUGGGAGCGCAAUCAAGAUAAGAGUAGACAACAGCCCGAAAAGAGGUCGGUGAUCAAACUGGAUCAGCCUCUUCCUUCUUUAAUAUUAGGGUUCGGUAGAGAUCAAGAUCUAGCCAAGUUGAUUCAACAACCUUUACCUUCGAUUGGUAGCGUGGUUUCUUCAUACUCAAACUCGACGAGUGCAAAGAGACAGAUAGACGAUAGCAGCAAAGAAGUGGAUAUGGACCGCGAUGAAUUCGAUGGUGGUGCGCGGAAGAAACUUAGACUUACAAAAGAACAGUCUUUUGUGUUGGAAGAAAGCUUCAAACAACAUACUACCCUUAACCCCAAGGAGAAGCUAAUCCUGGCAAAAAGUCUUAAUUUACGGCCACGACAAGUUGAAGUAUGGUUUCAGAAUAGACGAGCUAGGACAAAGCUGAAGCAAAAUGAAGUAGAAAGUGCAUUACUGAAGAAGUGCUGUGAGGCACUAACAAGUGAUAACUUAAGGCUAAAAAGGGAAAUUCAACAACUCAAAGAUAUAAAAUCCAGCGGCCUCCCGGCUCAUCUUUACAUGCAAUUUCCGGCAGCCGGUAACCGCAUCAUGUGCCCUUCUUGUGAGAGAAACAACUCCGGCUUCGGAGAUAGUGGCGUCGAUACGACAAAGUCAUCAAAAACUCCGUACGCCCGUGCACCAAAGUCACACUCACAUCAGAUUAGUUAACCUUGUUAGCUAUUAUAUAGAUAAUUGUAUAAAUUAAAGUAUAGGAGAUCGCUAAAAUGAAAACCACCUCUAGUUGUAAGAAUCAUGGGAACCACUUUCUAGCCUUUAGAUCAACAAGAUUGAUGGAUGAGAUUAAAAGUAACAAAAAUUAAUA